AUGGCAUUAUCACAUUCAAAGGCCACCGAGCACACUUUAAUUCUCUGCACUCUGUUUUUGGUUAUUCAAAUUUCACAAGUCUGUUCAUACUCAGACCCUUCAGUUUCUCACUCAAGAGUGGAGUUUCUUCCAGGAUUUCAAGGACCCCUUCCUUUUCAACUCGAAACCGGGUAUGUAGGGGUGGAUGAAUCAGAAGAUGUCCAACUCUUCUACUACUUUGUGAAGUCGGAAAGAAAUCCUAAAGAAGACCCUCUCAUUCUUUGGCUCAACGGAGGCCACGGCUGCUCUGCUUUAAGUGGAUUCAUCUACGAAAUAGGUCCGCUGUAUUUCGAGGCAGUGGAGUAUAAUGGGAGCUUGCCCACGUUGGUGUUAAAUGCAAAUUCAUGGACCAAGGUGGCAAGCAUAAUUUUUGUAGAUUUGCCCGUUGGUAGUGGAUUCUCCUAUGGAAGGACUCCACUUGCUUCUGGGUCUACAGACAUUCAAUCAUGCCACCAAGCCUAUGAAUUUCUAAGAAAGUGGUUGAUUGAUCAUCCUGAAUUCUUUUCAAACCCAUUCUAUGUGGGGGGAGAAUCGUACACUGGAAUAACUAUUCCAAUUAUCACUCAACUAAUUUCAAAUGGAAAUGAAGCAGGCAUUGAACCAUUUGUUAAUCUCCAGGGAUACAUGCUUGGAAACGCUGCAACAUUUCCAUAUGAAAACAACUUUCAGAUCCCAUUUGCUCAUGGAAUGGGACUUAUUUCGGAUGAACUCUACGAGUCGCUUAAGAGGAGUUGUGAAGGAAAGUAUUUUAAUGCAGAUCCAAGCAAUACAGAGUGUAUCCGAUUUGUUGAAGCUUUUGAUCAGUGUACUAGUGGAAUUGAUACUUAUCAUAUUUUGCAACCCAACUGUGGUCCUGAGCCCCCAAGGCCGCAAAAAUGGUAUAGUAGGAGGAGGAGAUCUCUUGAUGAGAGAAUCACAGAGCUCCACAAUCCUAAAUCAUCUGUUUCCGCAUUUUACUGUCGU